GGGGCGGGCCCAGCAGAGGGCGAGUUUGAAAGCGCUCGGGCGGGCGCGGGAAGCGCGGGGCGGGCGCGCAGAUUUCGGCGCGGGAGGUGUCCUUCUCCAGCAGUGCCUAGAGGGGUGCCUGGCUGACACACAGAGACCUUCAAGAAACUGGAAGGAGCCUUCUGCCUCCAUUAGGAGCUGCAGGGUGGCCCUUAUCUCUCCCAGCUUCGCUGGUGCUUCCAACUUCUGCAGCAACUUAGCUAAUGAGACUGUGCUGAAUGGGGGCCCUGGAGGCCUGAGGGAUUCUCUCCUGAUAAGCCUUUGCCGCCUCUUUCACUCUGGACCCUCACCCAGGACCCAGCCUUCUGCCUGAGCCUGAGCUAGGACCCCCUCCUAGGGAGCACCCAGAUUCCUUUGGCUCCAACCCUUCUGCCAACGUCGACUGCAGGAAUCCGCAAGAGCCAGAGGGAGGGAGCUGCCAGCCAGGCACAGCCGAGAACACUGGAACCAUGACAACCAGUCACCAGCCUCAGGACAGGUAUAAGGCAGUAUGGCUUAUCUUCUUCGUGCUGGGCCUGGGAACAUUGCUCCCCUGGAAUUUUUUCAUGACAGCAACUCUGUAUUUCACAAACCGCCUGGACCUGUCCCAAAAUACAUCCUCAGUCACUGACAGAUCGAGCGAGGACACGGAGGCCUCACCUGCCCCCACGGUGUCCUUGCCAGAGCGGAGUUCUCUCAGUGCCAUCUUCAACAACGUCAUGACCUUGUGUGCCAUGUUGCCCCUGCUGCUCUUCACCUGCCUCAACUCUUUCCUGCAUCAGAGGAUCCCUCAGUCUGUUCGGGUCCUGGGCAGCCUGGUGGCUAUCCUGCUGGUGUUCCUGAUCACUGCCGUCUUGGUGAAGGUGGAGAUGAGUGCUCUGUCCUUCUUCAUCAUCACCAUGAUCAAGAUCGUGCUCAUUAAUUCGUUUGGUGCCAUUUUGCAAGCCAGCCUCUUUGGUCUGGCUGGCGUGCUGCCCGCCAACUACACAGCCCCCAUCAUGAGUGGCCAAGGCCUGGCUGGCUUCUUCACCUCCGUGGCCAUGAUCUGUGCCAUCGCCAGUGGCUCCGAGCUGUCAGAAAGUGCCUUUGGGUACUUCAUCACGGCCUGUGCUGUUGUCAUUUUGGCCAUAGUGUGUUACCUGGCUCUGCCUCGGCUGGAAUUCUAUCGAUAUUACCUGCAGCUCAACCUUGAGGGGCCCUCUGAGCAGGAGACCAAGUUGGAUCUUAUCAGUAAAGGAGAGGAACCAAGAGGAGGAAGAGAGGAAUCUGGGGUACCAGCUCCCAGCUCUCCACCCAUCAGCAAAAACCACUCUAUCAAGGCCAUACUUAAGAGUAUCUCAGUCCUGGCUCUGUCUGUCUGCUUCAUCUUCACGGUUACCAUUGGGCUGUUCCCUGCUGUGACAGCUGAGGUGAAAUCCAGCAUUGCUGGCACCAGUGCCUGGAAUAGCUACUUCAUUCCUGUGGCUUGUUUCUUGAAUUUCAAUGUCUUUGACUGGCUGGGCCGGAGCCUCACAGCCGUUUGCAUGUGGGUAAGUAGAGGAUGGGCUGUGGGACCCACAGGAUCCAAGUGUCCAACUGAGGCCAAGAGGGGCCCCAAGAAAGUACAGUGGUGGGGCUGGGAGUGUGGAUCUAUGGCAGAAGAAGGCUUGCCUUCCGGGCGUGACCCCUGGGUUCCAUCUGUAACCCCUCAAGAAGGGAAAAAACACAGUGGGAAGGGAACGGUCUCUUUCAAGUCUACAUGUAACUAUGUGUAAUUACGUGUAUAAUUC